AUGGCAGGUCUGAAAGACGAUGAAUGCAGAAGAAAAUUCCGCCAACGUGUGCCUAUUCAUGUUGGAGUACGGACUAGGAAGAAGCUUAGCAAUGCGGAUUCCUUCACAAAGUGCAUCCAGGACGCUGCAAGGGAAACGCUCUCGGUUCUAUUGCCGCGGAAGAAGUUUGCCUCUGCAUCUGUGGGAACAAAAUCCACAUACAAUUCUGUAUGUGCCGCGCGCAGCGCUGGUGACUUAAACCAGGAAAAGCGUCUUAGAAGGAAGCUGCGCCGUCAACUGCAACAAGACCGCGAUAAUGAAUGGACGUCAAGAGCGAUGGAGUUUGAGAAGGCGUGGGAGGACAGGAACCCGCAGAAAGCCUAUGCUCUACUAAAACAGUAUAGCGGCAAAAUGAAAAGAUGUUCCCCUGUGCUGAACACUGCCAAUGGAGUAGCUAUCGGUGAAGCAACCCUUCCAAUUUGGAAAGAACACUUCAAGACCUUGCUGAACCGGCUAGCACCGUCACCUCCUGAACUCGAACACGUUCAUAGACCGACAUACGCGGUUAACGAGGAGCCACCGACCGUGUCGGAGGUCCUGGUCUGUAUUCAAAAAAUGAAGAAUGGAAAAUCUGGCGGAGACGACGGGAUUAGCGCAGAAAUGCUAAAAUAUCUUCCUCCGUCUGGGAUUCGUGAGAUGACAAAUAUCAUCCGUUCAAAUAGACGAAAGGAUACCUGA